UUCAAACCUUAAGACUCGACCAUCUAACACAUUUCCUCGUCCCAGCUUCGAGCAUUUGAUUGUUCUUUCUAAAUAAAAAGCGCGCCGCCUCUUGUGCAACCCUUCCGGCUUGACCGGCAAUCCACACCCAAAAUGGCGCGGGCAAAUACUUACCUGGCGCCUCUUUCCCUAUUAUUCCUUGCCGGCUCGCUGGCUAUGCUAUUCUUCGUCAUAUUAUCCGCCGUAACCACCACCUCGCCUUUACAAGAAACCUACUUCCUCUCCGCCAACACCGACGGUAUUACUGGCGCCCGUUCCGUCACGCAAUGGGCCUACUUUUAUAUCUGCGGCGAGAACAACCAGGACUGCAGCAAAGCAACUCCUGCUCCCCCGUUGGGUUGGGCCUGGUCUGGCAACCCGGAAAAUGCGCCUUCGGAACUUAUCGGCGAACACGGUGGUGACACCACCAGCGAAUACUUCUUUUAUAUGUGGCGCUUUGGUUGGGUCUUCUAUCUCAUCGCCCUUGUCUUCUCUAUCCUGGCCUUCUUUUCCGGAUUCGUCGCGUGCUGCGGUCGCUUGGGCUCCGCCAUCGCCGGACUCAUGGCUCUUGUUGCGCUCUUCUUCCACACCAUCGCCGUUUCCUUGAUGACUGCCGUCUUCGUCCGCAUGCGCAACAUUUUCAUCGCGAAUGGCCGCGAGGCAAGUCUAGGCCGGUAUGCCUUUGGCUUUAGCUGGGGUAGCUGGACCGCGCUGCUGAUCGCUACGAUACUCUUUUGCAUUGGAAUCCGAGGCAGCAAGGAAGGUACCUAUGGUAGUGGAAGUGGCAGUGGUGGCCGACGAUGGGGGCGCCAGAGGAGCGUUAGGAGCCGACGGAGUUAUGAUAUGAAUGGCCGACGGGUCAAGGAAGACUACGCUUAAACUACUCGAGGUUGAGUGAGGGUUUGGGAGGUAGCUGCGAGAACGAGAACAAAAGCCAGAGACGUUGAUAUUCCCCGAAACGAGACAUGGCGAGAAAACGAAACGAAAGGAUGCGAUAUUCACGAUAUAACUUUCAACAAUCAAGAAAAAAAUUCAAACAAUACACGAAAUAGGGGAAUUUGAUUAAUAAUUCCGCCUAUCACUUAUUACUUACUACUACCAUCACGCACGCCGUUGGUUUUCUACGCAACACUUGGCUCGGCACAAGGGGAAUGAAUGAGGGGGAUACUAAUGACGAUAAUAAUGAAACGGACAGACGACAAGAUGAGAUAUUCUAAAGGGAAGUAGGGGGUUUAUCUAUGAUUACUAAGUCUGUUUGUUCGUUGCAGAGAAAACAGAGGAUGAAGAUGAAGAUGGAAAUGAUCUUGACUGAGGACGUAGGGGAUGUAAUAAUCUUGAGAUACCAAACCUCUAACUAGUUCACUAGCUGUCACUGCACUGCGGUGGUGUGGUUAGCUAAGCCUCGAUCGUUAUGCUAGAUAACUACAAACUAAAACUAAAUAACUAAUACUGAUGAAUUAUUUUUCAA